AUGGCCGGGAAGAGCGGCGGCAUCCCAGGCGUCAAGGAGCCCUUUGGCGACCUCGAGCCCUGGUCCGAGCCGGCGUGGUACAACACGCUCGACUCGCCGUACUACGACGACAGCCACCGCGCGCUGCGGCGGUACGUGCGCGACUACCUCGAGGAGCACGUGCUGCCGUGCUCGGAGCAAUGGGAGAGGCAGGGAAUGGGACGUCUUCCACAUGAUGGUCUACUACGACGAGACGUCGCGGGUGCAGUCCGGGGCGCUGGCGGGCCUGACGGGCGGGACGACGAUCGGGGCGCCGCCCAUCGUGCGGUGGGGCACGGCGGAGCAGAGGGGGAAGUGGCUGCCGGGUAUCUUUACGGGGGAGACGAGGUUUGCGCUCGCGGCGACGGAGCCAACUGUGCGUGGGUCGACUUUGAGGAUGUCCACGUUCCUGUUGAGAACCUGAUCGGCAAGGAAAACGAAGGCUUCAAGGUCCUCAUGGGCAGUAAGUACCUCCUGUUACCAGACCAGAAUCACCGGUCCCUAGACGUGCAUCUCUCGCUGAACGACAAUGUGCAAGACUUCAACAAGGAGCGCCUCAUCAUGGCCAUCAACAUGAACCGCAAGUCGCGCCAGUGCCUCUCCAUCGCCCUCGACUACGCCCAGAUGCGCCACACCUUUGGCAAGCCCCUGAUCUCGCACCAGAUCAUCCGCCACAAGUUCGUGCACAUGGCGCGCUACGUCGAGUCGCACUUCGCCUGGCUCGAGCAGAUCGCGUACCACAUCCGGCGCCACGGCUGGGACGCCCCCGGGCUCGCGUCGCGCCUGGCCAUGGCCAAGAUCCACGGCGGGCGCGUGCUCGAGGCGUGCAACCGCGAGGCGCAGCAGGUGCUCGGCGGCGCGGGCUACCAGAGGGGCGGGAUCGGGGCCGUGGUGGAGCAGAUCAGCCGCGACCUGAGGAUGCUGGUCGUCGGGGGCGGGAGCGAGGAGAUCCUGGCCGACUUGGCGAUGCGGCAGGAGUUGGCGGCGGCCAAGAAGAGGGAGUCUAUGUUACUUGGACAACAAACAUCCCCUUCGUUCGUACCCGUAUCAGGCAACCCACAUCAGAUCCUGAUUUGCCUGGUCAGAGCCGGGACCUCGGAAUUCGUCGUGAUGUUGCAGAAGCUACCACCUGAACUGCUAUCGGCAGUUUUCGAAGAUGUGUCGAAGAAUGAUCUCAGAAACUUAUGUCAGGUCUCAAAGCUGUUAUACUCGGCUACUAUACCGUGUCUUUACCGAACAAUAGAGUUUGAGCCGGAUAACGAGAAGGAUGUGUCUGUAUUCUCGCUGGAAAGCCACACUGAAGCUCGUGAUAAGGGGUACUUUCGGCACGCGCGGUGCAUUGAAGUCGCGGCUCCAUUUCACUCCAACAUUGAUCCUUACAUGCGUUGCGUGCAUCAUUUCACACGGCCAGAAUAUGAGGUCGAGUUUGCGACGGAUUUCAUGCCGUUUCUAAGCUCAUGUACACCAGGAAGACUACGAGAGUUCAGUUGGACACUUGGAACCUGUAUACCCCAGACCAUACUCGGGCCCAACGGCUAUUUAAACACGCAUCAGAAAGAAAUAGAAACCAUUCGGCUGAUUACGGAUGGAAGUUGCAGCAGCGAGGAUGCGCCAGACGGCCUCGAUCUCAGUUGCUUCGUCAACCUCAAACGGCUUUCCUGGAGCGGACUGGCCCAGAAUAAGGACGUCAAAGCUCUAGCCGACCUUCUUCAGAAACGUGCUCAUCAGUUACUAGAGCUGGAUCUGGACCUGGAGAACUACUUGAGUUUGACCCUGCCUGGAGAAGACCCAUGUAUCUUUCCGGUGCAACUACUCAGGCUACAGAGGCCAGUGCAACUGAUGUUUCCCGUUUUGCGAAGCCUCUCGCUGUGCCAGGUAUCCUUCACCACGGACCUGGACUUGCCAAUGGAGCAGUGUGGGUACGAGAUCUCUGACGCAACAAGAAUGAUGUUCGAGGCGUUUGACUUCACAAGCCUGGCCUCUUUAAAGUUGCGGCAUUGCGCCGGGUGGGAACACCUCAUCACUCACCUUACGAAGUCUGCGGCGCCAUUGGCUCUGCAGUCGUUCGAAGUACAAUAUGUACCUACUGGCAUAAAUGCCGACUCUGCCUCGAUCAUAGCGCCCUUCCUCAGAAGCUUCAAGGGCCUAGUUAAUCUCUUUCUGCUCAUCUCCAACUCCGCCCCAAGCUGGGACAUAUGGCUUGCGUUGCGUGGACACAGGGCGACACUACGCCGCUUUGUGCAUCACCAACGUACCCAAGCCGAAGCCGAGUUCCCUCUAGAGCUUGAUGGUUUGCAGAUGGGGUUUACUAGUGGUAAAGACUUUGAAGGCGAUGAUGGAUCCAAUCCGCUAAGUACGUUGGAUCUCACCAGUGUCGGUGUAUGCGCCAGCCUUCAGUACAUGCCCUUCAUGGUCAAGCCUUUCACGGAAAAUCCCACUUUACGAUUUUUACAUGUGCGACGGUCUGCUGGGGACAUUCGUACGAUAUUCGACGCCAUGACGGCGCGACCUCUUUCCAGGUCAGUCUCUUUCGAUAGCACCUCAAGUGACGGGGCUGGCGGGAGGCGCUCUCCGAGCAACAAGGACUCGGAGCAGGAGAGCAUUGAUGGAACAGAUCAGGACAGGCCAAUCGAGACUUCCCCUGGGGCUGUGACGUGGACGCAGUUUCCCGAGGAUGAAGAGGAAAUAGAAAGCUUCCUACAAUGGGUCUUUGGCCCGAAAGGGGUUGUCUCGCUUCGUAUAGUCGCGUAUGGAGACUUUUCCCGGGACGGACGACACACUGAGUGCCAGAGGGUUUAUUGCCGCAACGAGGAAGCCUUUGAUCCUCAAGGACAUCACCUAGGAGACGAUGCUAUCCCCAACUUUCGCAGGGUGAAAGGAGCAGACGGAGAGCUGUUGGCGCUGUUCCAUGAGAACGAGGAUGUCCUCUGCGCUCUGCCUUUGGAGCCCCUCUUCAAUUACCCGUCAAGGGACUGGUGA